AGCGGUGCGGGGAGGGCGUCGAGGCAACCGCUGUGCCGGCAGUACCGCGAGGCAACGCGACGGCCCGACUGCCGGUCCUCUGACAGGGCCGCGCGCGUGUGAAUGUGAAUGUAUGAGUGUAGGCGCGUAUGUGUGUGUGAGAGUGCGGCGUGCGGGGAUGACGGUGAAGUGCAGUGGGGGAGGCUGUCACCAAUGAGCCGAUGAGGCAGUGUGUGUGCCAAUGAGUGGCGGCAUGGCCGGCAUGGCCCAAGACGACGACAUGUCCUUCUCGGACUGGAGUGCCCAUCUGGAUAGCCUUUCGGCCGACUCGAACCACUGCUGGCUGCCCGCUUACGGACUGCAGCCGCCCAUCGACCAAGGCCCGGCACAGCAGCAGUUCCUCUUCCUGGAGACGAUCCAGGAGGAGACUUCGGACGACCUCCGCAGCGAGUCCAGCCGCUCCUCCCACGCGGGCUGGCCGGAGAGCGACUCGGACGCCGGCUCCGUCAUCCACAUCGCCGCGACCUACAACGGCGAGGACCACCAUGCCACCAACGGGCCGUCGUCGUGGUCCGGGUCGGAGCGCGACCUGGCCGUGCCGCCCAAGCGGCGGCGCCAGGACGACGGCUGGGGCACGGGCGUGGCGCUGUCCAGGUCGUCGUCGCUCAUCGCCUUCGAGAGCCUGGAGCGCCGCCUGUCGGAGGAGGAGGAGGCGCUGACGGGCACGGGGCUGGCCACCGGCAUCGCGGCCUUCCGCACCACGGCCACGCUGCGGCCCUUCGACUGGAACGACUCGGCGUCGCCCUCGGCCAGCGACGAGGACAGCGAGGACGACGACCAGGACAGCGACGACUCGCUGCUGCAGAGCUUCAACUCGUCGCGCGGCAGCUUCCGGUCUAGCGCGGGCUCGGAGAGGCUGCGGUCCUUCCGUUCGCUGGACAGCCUCUCCCUGCUGCAGUCCACCAGCGGCGGCACUGUGAACAGCGGCGGCGCCGCGUACCUCAGCCGGCCGUGCCAGGACCUGUCGCUGUCCUCGGAGGGCGACGCGGCGGCCGCGGCGGGCGGCGGGGGCGGCGAUGACGUCUUCGAGCCGCGCUUCUGUCUCGGCCGGCAGGAGCGCAGCCACAGCCUGAGCCCCAAGCCGUCGCUGCGCAGCCUGCUGGACGCCACCUACUCCCUGAGCGACCACGAGGACCACGAGGACAUGGACCAGCACGUGAUGGACGCCAUGGACGCCGCCAUGGAGGACAUGGACAAGCACAUGGACCACAGCGCAGCGAUGACGCGCGACGAUUUCCUGGACGGGCCGGACGAAGCCAGCUCCGUGCACCACAGCAGUAGCAGCAGCAGCAGCAGCAGCAGCGACAGCAGCGGCAACGACGACGUCAUCGCCAUGCUCCCCGUCGCCAACGUGGCGGAGUCGACGCCCGGGUCGGGGCGGACGCAGCGCUCGGCGGAGAACCUGAGCGAGGACAGCGGCUUCGGCGAGCACGCCGCACUGCCCACGGGCAAGCGCCUCACCGUCUGCCCCAUCCUGGAGGACGACGUCGUGGACGACGACUCGUGCUCCUCGUCGUGCUACUCGGCAUGCAGCAGUAGCAGUGGAGGCGGCAGGAAGAAGACGGACGAGGUAAACUUAGAGUGGGGAGCAAGCGACGCUAAAUUUAGCGCGGGUUGGCACCGAAGCGCGCCAGACCUACUGGUGUGCUCGCUGGCCGCAGUCGCCGACGCGCACCCGCUCUCGGAGCACCCCGACAAGCACCCCGUGGUCCCCGUUGGGCUGCUCGCCGGGCCGCCCACCAUGGCCAGCACCCCGGACCUCGCCGGCCUCGGUGCCACCAAGCAGCAGCAGCUCCACGACGAGGGCCUCAGCAAGGCCCUGAGCACGGGGACGGCGCUGGGCGCCACCGCCACCAGCAAGGGCGUGCACUUCUGCCCCGUCGUCGCCGAGGUAUCCUGGCGGGACUCGUACAGUGACGUGGACGACGAAGACGAGGAAGACAUAGACGAGACGGACGGACCGCGGUCGGACCGGGAGGACGACGACGAGGAGGAUGAGGACGAAGACCAUGAAGACGAGGAGGAAGUGCACCAGGGCGUGGCAUACAAGCUGCAAGUCGCGGGAGUGGUCGCGGACGUGCAUCGGCAGGCCAAGCAGACGACAGCGGCAGCGCCCCAGCCAGACAGUGCCAGUCCCGCCGCGGCCGGGCCGGCCGGGCCCCACCGGGCGCAGGCGAAGCCUUCAGUCACCAGCAUGGCCGCGCCGAAGCCGCAGGCCCUGCCGCCCGGCGCGGGCUCGGCGACGACGUCCCCCGCGUCCAGCCCCGCGUCGAGCCCCGCGACCAGCCCGACGAGCAGCCCCAAGAAGACGUCGCGCUUCGGCGACUUCUUCCAGCGGUUCUCCCUGCGCCGCCUGUCCGGCCGCCACCACGACCACGCCAAGAAGCUGACGAGGAGCAAGAGCGCGCCCACGUCGCCGCCCCCCGGCGCCACCAAGCAGCAGGGCACCAACACGCAGAGCGCGCCGCCGUACGAGGACGUGCGCAUCAUCCCGCUGCACCCGACACCAGAGGAGCUGGAGCCGCACGCCGUCCACCACCACCACCACCAGCUCUCGCUGCACCGGGACGCCAGCCCUGGCGGCAUGCUCAGCGCCGGCAGCCAGGACAACAACAGCCGCGCCAAGUCCAUGGAGUUCCUGCUCGACCGGCGCAACCAAGAGGCAGUCCAGCCUCCCGAAAACGCCCUGCAGGGCCUCCAGGGACGCGUGCUCUCGGAACACGAGCUGCGCGUGCAGCGCUCCCUGCAGCAGCUCAACGUGCCCGACUGGUACAAGAACAGCUCGCGGCCCGCCGAGGGCUUCCUCCUCAAGCGGGGCUCCGACGCCACCAGCGUCGCCGGCCGCCGCGGUGCUGGAGGCUGGCCGGGCCUGGGCGUCAAGACCACCUCCCUGUCGUCCCUGCGCAGCCCAACCACAGCUGUGCGACUCGGGUCGUCCCCCAGCCCCCCGCCCGCGGCCUUCACGCGCUGGAGUUCGAGCCGCCUGCACUCGGCGGGCAGCGCGUCGGCCACCCCCAGCACCUCCCCCUGCGGCUCGGCGAGGUCGUCGUUCAACCACCGGCAGCCCUACCUGGGCUGGCGGUCGCAGGAGCGACUGUCGGGCACACCGCGGACGCCCGCGGAGCGCCUGGCGCAGGGCCUGCUUGAGCAGCGGGAGCACCAACGGCAACAGGAAAGGCUCAGGGGCUCCAGCCAGUUACAGUCCUCGUCGCCGAACCUGUCCGACGUGCGCUCCUCCAUCAAGGAGGUGACGUCGGCCAUCGUGCACUACGUGUCCGCCGCCAACGACCCCGGCUCCAACACCGACGUCCGGCUUGCCGGCCACUCCCCCGCCCCGAGCACCGCGACGAACACCUCCCGGGACCGCGAAGACCACCCCCGCAGCCACAGCGGCCACAGCAACCAACGAGUGUGCUGGAUCGAGUCCUCCUUCGUGGGCUCGCGGCCCAUCGAGCAGCCGCAGACGCCAGAGGAGGGCUCCGUGUCCACGUCGCCCCUGCCCGUGCACCACCAGGACCUCUACCUUGACCUGAAGCAGCGCAACUCGAGCUGCGCCACGGGGGCGUCGGGCACACUGCCGAGCAACGGCCCCGCCACGGUACCGGGACACGGCCACGGCGCGCACCAAAGCCACGGGGUAGCUGCAGCUGCAGCCGGAACCGCAGCCGAGGUCGAGUCACCGGCGUCCCCCGUGGCGGCGGCUGCGUCCGGCCCGUGCGGCCCGUGCGGCCUGAAUGCCGUGGUGAGCCGGCCCAGCCCGUCGUCCACCACCAUGGAGGACGUGCUGGACUCGCUGCUAGGACUGCCGCCGCCGAGCAGGUCGCCGAGUCCGGGGCCGAACACGAACACGGCGAGCAACGCCAGCAACGGGAGCAGCAGCAGCCAGCAGGUGUCGUGCACUGCAGCCACUGCGGUGACGCAGGUCCAGGUGCAGUCGGCCCAGCACCAAGGGCACCAAGGGCACCAAGCGUCGCUGCGCACCUGUGCAGACAUUAGGCCCGAUCCCGCAGGGUCAGCUAGCGCCGGCGAGGGCGGCGAGGGCCUCGAGCAUCCGGCCCAUCCGGCCCAUCCAGCAGCACGCUGGAGGGGCGUCGACGGCCACCCGGAGGAGGAGGAGGAGGCCGAUGACGGCCCGGAGCCCGCGGGCUGGGAGGCAGCCGACCUCGCCGGGGUGGAGCCUGCGGCGGGGGCGUCGUCUAGGGCGUCCAAGGUGGCCGAAGAUCUGCCCGGCUGGGACAGCGCACCGCCCUGCGAGGCGCGCGAAGACUUCGAGGACUGCGAGGCGCCCCCGGGGUGGCAGGGCAAGGCCGUCGUCGGGGUGGUGGCGGAGGAGGGCAGCGACAGUGACGACGCGCGCGAGGAAGCCGAGUUUGGCGCGGCGCUGCUCAGCCUGCCGCUGGACGCGCCCAACACCCGUUCGACUUCCACGCCACGACGGCGUCGCAGCGAGAGCAGCGCCCUGGAGCACGCCGACCGCGGCGAGGGCAGAAGACACAGCCUGGGCCCCGCCAAG